AUGUCUAAUUCCGCCCUACGGCCCACCAUGCUGGCGCUUGGCCUGACUUUGGGCGUCCCAGCCGUGCUCUAUUUUGGCAUUCUUGGCGCCUUGGUCGUCGUGCCCUCGCUGCAGGCCCAUCUGAUCUACCUCCACAAGGUCACUUUGACUUGGCUCAAGGACCUCAAUGUUCCCGAGCAGUUCGGCUUCGCUCAUCAUCAAGUCACACCAUUCUACCUCCCAACGCCCGACGGGGUGAAUCUGCACACUUGGCACGUUCUUCCUCUUGCAGCCUACCAGGCCAAUCAGCAGGCCCUGCUGGCACAGGGAUCUGAAGCUGGGCUAGUGGAGGACUUUGAGCAGACCCUCAACUUUCGCCUGCUCAAGGAGAACCCCGAGGCCCGCCUCGUCCUCUAUUUCCAUGGUACAAGCGGUACCAUGGCAAGUGGAUGGCGCCCGGACAGUUACCGCUCACUGUACUCUGCCGAUCCCGUCAACACCCAUGUCCUGACCUUUGACUACCGGGGCUAUGGAAAGUCCACGGGCCAUCCAUCCGAGGCUGGUGUUAUCACGGAUGCCCUAGCAGUGGCUGACUGGGCCAUCAAUACGGCCGGCAUCCCGCCUGAGCGGAUUGUCAUCUUUGGCCAGAGCCUUGGAUCUGCGGUAGCAAUUGCUCUCGUCAAUGAACUUGCUCAACGUCAACCCUCAGUUCACUUUGCUGGGCUGGUCGUCACAGCUACCUUUCAAGACAUUCCACAGCUGACGGCCACAUACCGUAUUGGUGGUUUCAUCCCGGUACUCUCACCGGUUGCGAGGAUUAGGCCACUCUUCCGCUUCUUCUCACAGAGGCUGACAAGCAAGUGGGACAAUUUUCGUAGGCUGGGAGAGUUUGUCAAGGAGGCUGAGAGAUAUGACAUUACUCUCUUGCAUGCUGUGGACGACACGGAUAUCCCGAUGGAGAACUCUAUCAAGUUGUACCGGGAGGCGGUGCGUGUGGCGGAGAAUGCCAAAAACAUGACUGAGGACGAGGGGGCUUUGCUCGAGAGGAUAGAAAGACUCAAGGAGAACCGUGGAGAGGGAGGGGCUAUCACUGUAUGGCCUACAAAGAAAGGUGACAUUAGACUAGAGAUCUUGAAGUACGGAGUGCAUGACAAAAUCAUGUCAUACCCUGCGACUGGGCUUGCAAUUAGUAGAGCAUUCAAGUCAGUUAGGUAA